CUCCCUUUAGCAUCUGCAACCUUGGAGGCGCACAGAGCUGUGGACGUGUUUGCUCCAGCUGACUGCAGCCAGCUAUGUUAAUAAGAUGUGACUUGAUGUGACUUUGCAUCUGAAAGUUGGACACGUGGGACUUGCGCUCAUCAUUUUUCGUUUCUUCUGCGCGAUGGAGUGAUGCAGAGUGGAGUGAUCAAAUUGGGACUAAAACUUGGGUUGCGCGCCAUGGCGCGUCAGGUGUGUUCGCGCUCUUUUAGAAGCUUCUUCUUUCUGUCAGGGUCUCAACAUUUGCCGUGACUUCGAGAAGGAGAACAAUGGAAGGAAGAAAGAGACUUUUUUGCUAUAUUCUGUUCGCGGUGCAGCUCUGUCUGGGCUCCACGCAAGUCCUCAGGAUCGGUGGGAUUUUUGAGACCCGAGAGAGCGAGUUAGUGAGUAUGGAUGAGUUGGCCUUCAAGUUUGCCGUUAACAACAUAAACCGCAAUAAGACCCUGAUGCCCAACACGACUCUUACCUAUGACAUUCAGAGGAUCAACCUCUUCGAUGGCUUUGAGGCUUCCAGGAGAGUGUGUGACCAGCUCGCUCUGGGGGUGGUUGCUGUGUUUGGCCCCUCUCACAGCUCCUCGGUUAGUGCUGUUCAGUCUAUCUGUAAUGCUUUGGAAGUCCCUCACAUACAAACUCGAUGGAAACACCCAUCAGUGGACAACAAAGACACCUUCUUCAUCAACCUGUAUCCUGAGUACACGGCCAUUGCCAGGGCCAUCCUGGAUGUAGUCACAUUCUUCAAAUGGAGGAAACUGACGGUGGUCUAUGAGGACAGCACAGGUCUGAUGCGGAUGCAAGAGUUGAUCAAGGCUCCAGCAAAGUUCAACUUGAAGAUCAAGAUCCGCCAGCUGACCCCGGGUAACCAAGACGCCCGACCGCUGCUUAAGGAACUGAAGAAAGACAAAGAGUUUUUUAUUCUUUUUGACUGCUCCUAUCGCAUGGCUGCCGAGCUCCUAAAGCAGCUUUCAUCAAUGGGAAUGAUGACAGAGUACUACCACUUUUUCUUCACAACUUUGGAUUUAUUCGCCCUGGAUCUAGAGCCAUACCGCUACAGUGGGGUCAACAUGACUGGUUUCAGACUGCUGAACAUCGAUGACCCUUGGGUAGCAUCUACAAUGGACAAGUGGGCCAUGGAAAGACUUCAGGGUCCCAAACAAGAAAGUGGACUGAUGGAUGGAGUCAUGACUACAGAUGCAGCUUUGAUGUAUGACGCUGUGUACAUGGUCGCUGUUGCGUCCCAGCGGGCCACUCAGAUGACUGUCAGCUCACUGCAGUGUCACCGACACAAGCCUUGGCGCUUCGGACCACGCUUCAUGAACCUUUUCAAAGAGGCACAGUGGGAUGGACUGACAGGGCACAUUGUUCUUAAUAAGACAGAUGGCCUGAGGAGAGACUUUGAUUUGGACAUCAUCAGCCUCAAAGAGGACGGCAUUGCCAGGGGUAUUGUGGAGGGCGGAAGUCGCCUCACGAAAAGGUGGAUCAAGAUUGCUGUGUGGAACUCGUACAGGGGGAUGAACCUGACGGAGGAGUCCAGGCGAGACAAGAAUAACAAUGUGACAGACUCUCUGGCUAACAGGACUCUCAUUGUCACCACAAUACUGGAAAAUCCUUAUGUGAUGUUGAAAAAGUCAGACAAGGAGCUGGUUGGGAAUGAUCGUUAUGAAGGCUACUGUCUGGACCUCUUAAAGGAGCUCUCAAACAUCUUGGGUUUUACAUAUGAAGUCAGACUGGUGGCUGAUGGGAAAUAUGGAGCCCAGAAUGACAAAGGAGAGUGGAACGGGAUGGUCCGGGAGCUGAUCGACCAUGUUGCAGACCUUGCUGUGGCUCCCUUGACCAUCACCUAUGUCAGAGAGAAAGUUAUUGACUUCUCCAAGCCCUUCAUGACCUUAGGAAUUAGCAUCUUGUACCGGAAACCUAACGGCACCAAUCCAGGCGUAUUUUCCUUUCUUAAUCCUCUCUCUCCGGACAUCUGGAUGUAUGUGCUGCUGGCCUGCACAGGGGUCAGCUGUGUCCUCUUUGUGAUUGCCAGGUUUACUCCUUACGAGUGGUACAACCCACACCCGUGCAACCCGUCCUCGACUCUAAUUCAGAACAAUUUCACUUUACUCAACAGUUUUUGGUUUGGAGUUGGAGCACUCAUGCGGCAAAGCUCAGAGUUGAUGCCUAAAGCUCUCUCCACACGUAUAGUUGGUGGCAUCUGGUGGUUUUUUACUUUAAUCAUCAUCUCGUCCUAUACGGCCAACUUGGCAGCCUUCCUCACAGUGGAACGAAUGGAUGCACCCAUCGACUCAGCCGACGACCUGGCGAAGCAGACCAGGAUUGAAUAUGGGGCAGUCAGAGAUGGAUCCACUAUGACCUUUUUCAAGAAAUCAAAGAUCUCCACUUAUGAGAAGAUGUGGGCCUUUAUGAGCAGCAGGAAGAACACCGCAUUGGUUAAGAAUAACAGAGAAGGCAUUACUCGGGUCCUGACAACAGACUACGCCAUGCUGAUGGAGUCCACCAGCAUCGAGUAUAUCAGCCAGAGAAACUGCAACCUCACACAGAUUGGAGGUCUUAUAGAUUCCAAGGGCUAUGGAGUGGGAACACCUAUUGGUUCUCCUUACAGGGAUAAAGUGACCAUUGCCAUCCUUCAGCUCCAGGAGGAAGGGAAGCUGCACAUGAUGAAGGAGAAAUGGUGGAGAGGAAAUGGCUGCCCAGAAGAGGACAACAAGGAAGCCAGUGCCUUGGGCGUGGAAAACAUUGGCGGUAUCUUCAUUGUCCUGGCUGCUGGUCUGGUUCUCUCUGUGUUUGUGGCUAUUGGAGAGUUCAUCUACAAGGCCCGCAGAAAUGCUGACAUAGAGGAGGCAUUUUGUUUCUUUUACGGGGUGCAGUCCCGUGAGUUUCAGCGACGUGGCUCUGCCUCCUCCUCUGGCACUUCCUUAUCUACAGAUCUAGAGAGCGGCAGGCUACUGGGUGAUGACACCGAGUAGCCAUGGCAGCACAUAUGCAACACACACUCACUCUAAUCGAUAGCAGUGCAUGUCUUUUAGCGCUGUGAUGGAAGAUUUGGGUAUCUCCCUGCAGUGUUACAAAGGCAUCCGGAGGAGGUCACGACCUCACGGCGGCGCAAGGUCAGCCUGCAUCUUCUGUCAACCCAAACGUACUUCAAAGAGGGAGGGAGCGAGACGCGAUUCCAGCACUUAAGCUUUCAAUCUAAAAAGUAAUGGAACUGCAGAGACUGAUAAUUUGAUCAAUUCUCAGAUUUUUUUCGUGGGCCACCAACAGAUGUGAAGUUAUUUCCUCAGCACCUCUAGACUGCUUGUGUGUGGGUAAUACAGUAAAUGCUGUACCGUAGAUGUAGUUCACAACGCUAUAGCCUUGUAUCAACAUUAAUAAUGUUAAAACAGGUGAUGACUGCAAGAGUGAAAUCUCAUCGUAUAAACCAUUGAUGUUCCCUCGUGGCUGUGGUUCACUGGUUUAAGCCGUUUGCAGAGUUGAAUCUGUAGACUUUAUAGCUCCUCUCAUCGUUUAUGACAAAACUGAUUUUAACAAUAAAAAGACUUUUGCAUUUUUUUAAA